CUACUUCGAGUUGUACACGAGUGUUGCACCAGACUUUCUCUCGCGUAUUUGAAGUAAUUUGAGCCUAUUAUUCGCUGAAAUAUAGCCACAAAAAACAACAUAAACUUGUCUUAGACAAGCUGUACUUUGAUAGAGACGACCUAUUGAAGUGAAUCGUCAUGAUUACUUGCUUGGUCGUAGUUACGAUCGAGAUACUGCACAUCGCUACACCAUGGCUGAAGGAGAAACUGGCUGGCUCCCCAGAACCUACAGCUGAGCACACUGAGCCUGAGCCAAAGCCAACUGCACCGAAAGUCGGAAAGCUCCGACUGACCAAUCACCAUCACCUCCUCCUGGAUACACAAAUAUGCCGCCAUCAGAUCAACCAAUCGGUGCGCACCACAGAGAAGACCAUGGUAUAUGCAUCGGCCGUCGAGGCAGAGUCGGCCGAGAUCGAGCGCCAAUUGGCCAAAGAGCGACGUCAAGUCGCCAAAGAGAAAGGCGACCUAGAAGCCGGGAUGAAUAAGGAAAAAGCAGCCGUGGUGACCAAGAUAGACGCAGCUCAAGGAUACAUUAACGAGAACCUGGCACCACAGCAUAGCCGACUUCAGGCUCAAUUCCGGCAGAUCCAGAAUGAGAAUUCGCUCCAAGUAGAUGAGUACGAUGGCCUUAAGCAGAGCAUCGAGAACAGUAAAGUUCUGGAGGAUGGAUACAGAAAGCAAAUCGCUGGUAUGGAGAAGAUGUUUAAGGCCAAAUCUGCCCAUCAGGUUUCAGAAAAAGCUGCGAUCAACAAAGAGCAGAAGGAUCUCACCACAGAAAUCAAUAAACUGGAGAAACAGAUAUCCUCUUUGACUUCAUUUCGCCUGCAAGCUCUCAAGCUGGAAGAGCUGAACAUGAACAAUGAGACAGCAGAACUCAAGAGGGCAGCACACAACUACAAAGUCAACGGGGUGCCUAGAGGUCAACUCAUUGCCGCUGUGUGUCUUUAUUAUGGAGCACAGCUGACCGCCUUUGUUUUUGCCGCUAUCAUGCUAGUCUUCAACAUUGCAAUUGUUAGUGCUGCUUUUAAAUUGGACUUGUUGGAUCAACUCAUUGCAAACAUCAUCUAAAUGAACACGAUGAAAAAAGACUACUGG